AUGGCACGAACAAAGCAAACUGCACGUAAAUCAACUGGUGGAAAAGCUCCCAGAAAACAACUAGCUACUAAAGCCGCACGAAAAAGCGCACCAGCUGCUGGUGGUGUGAAGAAGCCACAUCGUUACAGACCAGGAACAGUAGCUCUUCGAGAAAUUCGCCGAUACCAAAAAAGUACAGAACUUCUCAUCCGCAAACUUCCCUUCCAACGAUUAGUUCGUGAAAUUGCACAAGACUUCAAGACCGACCUACGCUUCCAAAGCUCGGCAAUUGGUGCCUUACAAGAAGCUGCUGAAGCAUACCUCGUCGCCUUGUUUGAAGACACUAAUCUGGCCGCUAUUCAUGCCAAACGUGUUACCAUCCAGCCUAAGGAUAUUCAACUCGCCAGACGUCUUCGUGGUGAACGAUCAUAA